GAGCGUUACUCCAACCGAACAUCAAUGUCCGCCGACACCCUGCAGACCAGAGACCUCAGCCUCACUCUGAGGAAGCCCACGUUCACCGACAGUGGGACCUACGCCUGUGUCACCCGCAGCCAUGGAGCGGACCAGCAGAGGACUGAAGUCCAGCUGAAGGUCAAAGAACGUCCUGUCUGGCCCAAAGUCCUCCCCGCUGUCCUGGUUCCUGUGCUUCUCCUCGGUGCUGUCGUUUUCUUCCUCCUGUAUCGCGUGACACAAAGAGAGAAGCUCAUGACAGUGGGUCAGCUGACACCACUGGAGGUGAUGGAGGGGGCGCCGUCUGUCCUGCUGCCCUACACACACACAUGCUGCCUGGGUGAGGUCGUCAAAGUGGAGUGGUUCUUUGUGACGCAUGAAAACAAGAAGGUGUGCGUGUUUGAGAACGGUCAGAUCAAACGUGACCAACAGCACACAGAUUACAGAGAGCGCGCAGAGAUGGAGUCAUUCCCACCCAAGGAGACGAAGACCGACCAGCUGAAUCGGCCUGAAGUUGACCUCAGCCUGACCCUGAGGAACCCCGUCUGUGCAGAUGGAGGAGUUUACCUCUGCAUCCUCCACGACAGGGCUGUGAACACCAUGAAACUCAAGCUAGUGCCGCUCCUGGUCAAAGAGCCCCUGAUGACGACCAUUAAAGCUGCAGUCGGGAGACGCAACAAGGCGGCCCAGCGCUUGCCUUCAUUUCGUGUGUCUAAAGGAAAGAAGAACGUUGCAGAAUCUCAUCCACUGAACAGUCAGCCAGUCUGAUGCGAUGAAGCUGGAGAUGAUGAAGAGGAGGCUGCCGUCAGCUCGUCCUUCUCCAUGGAUGUGAAACAGGAAGCUCAGUGUAACAGCUGAAGCUGUCUCUCAUGUAUGAACUAACGAUGGAGCGUUGUCCUCUCAGUUUCUUCUUCUUCUGUCUGCUGCAGACUCUGCAUUGAUCACAUGAUCCAUCAGCUGUUUUAC